AUGACGAAGGGUACACAAUCAUUCGGUAAACGCAACUGUAAGACCCAUACAUUAUGUCGCCGAUGUGGUCGUUCAUCAUACCAUUUACAACGACAACGUUGUGCUGCUUGCGGAUUUCCAUCAGCCAAAACCCUCACGCGCAAUGUUCCGUGUUACAAACGAUGUAAGCAUAUGGAACAUAAAGAUAACUUAGAGAAGAUUGUCGAUGAAGAGAAUGGCGAUGGCGGCUGGGUUGAUACACAUCAUUAUGCGGAUAGUACAGUAACCGAGUCACGAGAACAUGCUGGACAAAUUGAGGCAUCCGGAAGUAAACAAGCCAAAGUUGCUGUUGAAGAUAACGAUGAGGACGAUGAUGAUGAUGAUGCCGCUGACAUGGAAGAAUUUGAACGGCAAGGAAUGGUUAAUAACGAUCCAUUGGAAGCCCCGACAACGACGAAAUCUACAGCAAGCGCAACAACAACCGAUGAUAAUACUGUACAAAAUACAUUACAAACCCGUACAUAUGAUCUUAAUAUAACAUAUGACAAAUACUAUCAAACACCUCGUCUCUGGUUGACCGGUUAUGAUGAACAUCAUAAACCAUUAUCGGUGGAAAAAAUGUACGAAGACAUCAGUCAAGAUCAUGCGAAAAAGACUGUCACCAUGGAACAACAUCCGCAUUUACCUGGUACAGGACCGAUGCCAAGCAUUCAUCCAUGUCGUCAUGCGGAUGUGAUGAAAAAACUUAUACAAAUGGUGGCAGAAUCCGGCAAAGAACUCGAAGUACAUAUGUAUAUCAUGAUUUUUCUCAAAUUUGUACAAGCAGUCAUUCCAACGAUCGAAUAUGAUUAUACACGUCAGUUUAAUUUAUGA